AUGAGCACUCCGCGCCUGGUGCUUUCGACGAGCGGGUCCGUGGACAACGCGGGCGUGAGUCCCAUCAGCCCCGUGGGCCCGUUCAGCCCCAUCUCGCCGCUCAGCCCGGGCAUGGCGAGCCGCCAGCGCCUCAGCAGCCUGCAGGAGCGGCGGGGCGUGCCCGUGUCGAACCCUCUGCCUCGCCUGCUCAAGAAGCCCGCCUGGCAGCUGCUGCGCGUGCGACGCAUGGGAGGUGUUGACGCCGCCCCGGAGUUGUAUCGCAGCCCCACGGACAUGAUGAUGUCGCCCGUCUCACAGCAGCUCUCAGGGGUCACGCAUCCCAUGAGGCAGGUGGGGAGGAUGUGCCCACAGAUGGACAGCAAUGGACCCACUGCUCCUAUGGGCAUGAGCACCACCGCCACCACAUCACGGGGAUGA